CACCAGCAGAUCUCACGACACUUGAUGGUAAGUUGUAGUUUUAAAGGAUAUUUCCAUUUGAGCGCUACGGCGUCAUGAUUAGUAGCUUAAUGGUACAUACCUUUGUUACCUGUGUACACAAUGAUAAUGCCCAAUUUUGUUAAUUUUUGGCGUUCAAGAAAUAAGCAGAAGUCUCUAGUCAUAGGCUCAUAUGGCACCAAGUACCAAGCUACCUUAGCAAAGACUAGUUUGAAUUUUCUCAAGUACAAGAGUAAAACUCUGCUAGAUCGCUGCCUCAUUUAACUUUUGUCUAGUAUCCCUUCAAGCUACACCACACAACCUCUACAAC